AUGUUGCGGGACUUCAAAUUCUUACGCCGGAAUUCGGGUAAGAAUUCAAACGCAGAGGAAAUCGAGAAUGUGCCCAUAAACCCUAGGUAUUCGUUGGGUAAUCAGACCGGAACGGAUUCGAACAGGGCCCCGUUGAACGCAAUUCAAGAACCGGCCUCGAAUUCUAAAGCUGUGGUAGAGAAAGAGGUGGGUGUUAGGAGCACUAAGGUUGAUAAAACACCCACUAAGGUCAAGCGCAAAAGCUCUGAUAACACAAUGUCGCUUUCCACGCCGGAGAAACAAGGAGCUCAGGCGAAGAGUCGAUUUGGGUGGGUGCCGAAGAACGAAUCAAGCUCGAAUGCAAUCGAAUCACACGAUGAUGGGAGGGCUGAUAUGAGCCACUAUAUGAGCCAAUCGAGUCGUGUGAAUGGGAAUGGGGUUUUUGCCGGCAUGACUACUCCUCAGUCGAAUAGGGUUAUGGGGAGAGCUAAUUCAGGUUAUUCGGAAUGCAAUUCGACACAGAGUACACCAACAAAGAGUGUAACCAAGCCUCCGAAUCCGGGACUUUGUCUAACAGGUGGUUCUCGACCUCUGUCUAAUGGAGGUGCUCGCAUGGGCAACUUUGCUGCAUUGUCAAAAGGGAUUCCAAUUUCUUGUAGUUCCUCAACUGUUGUUAAUUCAGUGGAAGUGCCACAUUUUGAUCUCAAAGAAGAUCCAUCAUUUUGGAUGGAUCACAAUGUACAGGUUUUGAUACGGGUCCGUCCUCUAAAUAGCAAGGAGAAAAGUACCAAUGCUUAUAGUAGGUGCUUGAAGCAGGAGAGUGCACAAUGCAUCACUUGGAUCGGGCAACCAGAAACUCGAUUUACAUUUGACCAUGUAGCAUGUGAAACCAUAGACCAGGAAACGCUUUUCAGGAUGGUUGGUCUGCCUAUGGUGGAGAAUUGCCUUUCUGGAUACAAUAGCUGUGUGUUUGCCUAUGGGCAGACAGGAAGUGGGAAGACAUAUACAAUGCUUGGUGAGAUUGAAGAGUUAGAAGUCAAGCCCAGUCCAAAUCGUGGAAUGACACCACGCAUAUUUGAGUUCUUGUUUGCAAGAAUAAGAGCUGAAGAGGAAAGCCGAAGGGAUGAGAGAUUGAAAUACAACUGCAAGUGCUCUUUCUUAGAGAUUUAUAAUGAACAAAUUACUGAUCUCCUUGAUCCUUCUUCUACAAAUUUGCUACUGCGGGAGGACAUUAAGACGGGUGUGUAUGUUGAAAAUCUGUCAGAAUUUGAAGUCCAGACUGUUGGUGAUAUUCUUAAGCUUCUGAGUCAGGGUUCUUCAAAUAGAAAAGUUGCCGCAACAAAUAUGAAUAGAGAGAGCAGUCGUUCGCAUAGUGUCUUCACAUGUGUAAUUGAGAGAAGGUGGGAAAAGGAUUCCACGUCUAAUCUACGAUUUGCAAGACUAAACCUUGUUGAUCUUGCUGGCUCUGAAAGGCAGAAAACUUCUGGCGCUGAGGGUGAACGUUUAAAGGAAGCUGCUAAUAUUAACAAAUCGUUAUCUACAUUAGGUCAUGUAAUAAUGGUUCUUUUGGAUGUGGCACAUGGGAGGACAAAGCAUGUUCCUUAUAGAGAUUCAAGGCUGACAUUUCUUCUUCAGGACUCACUAGGUGGAAACUCGAAAACAAUGAUGAUUGCCAAUGUCAGCCCUUCUAUAUGGUGUGCUGCUGAAACACUGAAUACUUUAAAGUUUGCUCAGCGAGCAAAACUUAUUCAGAACAAUGCUGUGGUGAAUGAAGAUUCUUCAGGAGAUGUCAUAGCAUUACAACACCAGAUACAAGUUUUAACGGAGGAGCUGUCUGCCCUCAAACGCCAAAAUGUCUCCAGAUCUCUAUCAUUUGGUGAAAAUCCCUCCAGCCAAAAGGCACUUGAAUUGGAUGAGCAGAGAACUGAUAAUUUGCUUGGAUCUGAAUCUAAAGGCAUUCUGAAAGUGUCUUUAAAACAGUUGAAAUCAUUGGAGACAACACUUGCUGGUGCCUUGAGAAGGGAACAGAUGGCAGAGACCUCAAUUAAGCAACUUGAAGCUGAACUUGAACAGUUGAACCGAUUGGUUCGUCAAAGAGAGGAGGAUACUAGGUGCACAAAGAUGAUGCUGAAGUUUAGGGAAGACAAAAUUCAACGAAUGGAAUCACUUGUUAGUGGUUUAAUACCCGCAGACGCUUAUUUAUUGGAAGAGAAUGGUGCACUCUCUGAAGAGAUUCAGCUGCUUCGAGCUAAACUUGAUAGAAACCCAGAAGUAACUCGCUUUGCUCUAGAGAAUAUCAGGCUUUUAGAACAGAUCAGAAGAUAUCAAGACUUCUAUGAAGAAGGGGAGAGAGAACUGUUGUUAACCGAAGUAUCUGAACUGCGGGAUCAGCUAGCUCUUCUUCUUGAUGGGAAAUCAAACCAGAAUAAUCAUCCAAAAAUCAGUGCCACCCCUCAGGAAGCUAUACAUUUCAAUAAAGAAAAUGAAAUGCUCAACUUGGAGUUCAAAAGCACUCUGAAAGAAUUGGAAGAGUGCAGGAGUAACCUAAACUCUUGCUUGGAGAAUAAUGAAAAACUUAGUAGAGAAAUUGAUGAUCUACGUGCUUCACUAAUCAACCUCAAAACUGAAACCUGUGAUGAUGAUAGCAGUGUUGAAGUCAUAAAGGAGUCCAUUAUCGAAGCUCCAUUGUUUGACAAUCGAUCACUUGUGGCGGUAGAAAAACAGAAGGGAGAGGCAAAGCAUGAAACGCUGAUGAAACACUCAGAAGAAGUCAUAAAUUUACAACUGGAGUUGGAUAUUCUAAAGAUUAUUCUUAAAGAAGAGAGGUCAUCUCGUGGCGAUGCAGAGCAGAUGAGGACACGGUACCUGGAUAGGGAUCUUGAGCUGACGAAAGAGAAGGUCUUAUUGUUGACCAAACAAUGUGAAGAUGUGAAGGAGGAACUCAAGGAAGCAAAAUCAGUUAUUGAAGCUCUUGAAUCCCAGCAAGUUCUGUCAAUUAAUGAGACAGAGGAUCUCAGGAACAGUAACAGCCACUAUGUGGAGCUUUUGAGUAAGCAGGAGCUUGAAAUUUCUGCAAUGAAAGAGCAAAUGUGCUUCCAAGAGUUAAAAGAUCUCCCAUCUUUCAAACAUUCAGAAAAUGAAGAUUCCCCUUUACAAGCAAAGUUGAAGAAGAUGCAAGGUUCUCUUGAAAAGGCCAAGAGACUGAAUAUGUGGUACCAAAGUGAUCGUACAUUUCAGACAUCUAAUGAAGAAGAAAUGGAUGAAGUUCGUAAGCAGGUUGAGGCUGAGACUGCUGAGGUGAUAGUCUGCUUGCAGGAAGAACUGGCUGCCCUUCAACAGCAAGUUCAGGAUAGUAAAUUGAAAGAGAGAGAAACACAAGAAAGGCUGGUGCUUUUGCAAAAUGAGUUGAAGGAGCUUCAUGAAAAAUUAUAUCUCAUGGCUCAAGAUAAGAAAGAGUUGGGUGAAAGGCUGGAAGAAAAGGAUGACGAAUUAAAAUUGAAAGAGCUUUUGCAAACUGACUUGAAGGAGGAGCUUCAGGAAAAAUUAUAUCUCAUGGCUCUAGAUAAGAAAGAGUUAGGCGAAGAGCUUCAGGAAGAACUUGCUACUCUUCAGCAGCAAGUUCAGGAUAGUAAAUUGAAAGAGAGAGAAACACAAGAGAGGCUGGUGCUUUUUCAAACUGAGUUGAAGGAGCUUCAGGAAAAAUUCUCUCUCAUGGCUCAAGAUAAGAAAGAGUUAGGUGAAAAGCUGGAAGAGAAGGAUGACGAAUUAAAAGCAUUGUCUGAAGAGUGGGAACAAUUGACCUGUGAGAUUGAAUAUGUUCUUACUGGUGGGAGUGAGGCGCUUAAAGAUGCGUCUAAUCAGCUUGAUGUUAUUUCCGGUUCCUUUCCUCAGAAAAGAGCUUGUAUUUCUGAAAAAGUGGGCAGAGUGACAAAAAUCAUCUCUGAGAAGGAGCUACUAAUUGAAGAACUCAAUCAGUGCUUAGACGAUGCAAACAAUAGAAGAAGCAACAUGGAGUGCAUGCUGAGGUCUUUGAGAGGGGCAGCUUUAGUUAUAACGGAAGCACACCAGCAAGAGUGCAGUGAAAAGGAGCAAGAAAUCCUCCAGUUGACAUCACAAUUGAAAGCAAAAGCUUCUCUUGUAGCCGAGCUGGAAGACAAGAUUAAGGAGGAGGAAGAAGAAAUUAGAAAAGCAUCAACUUGUGCAACAGUUGCUUUUUUGAUUGUGAAUAGAAUGUCCGAGAUAAAUUCUGAUUAUCAUGAUGCAUUAAAGCAUAAGGAUAUCCAGCUUAGAGAAUCAAUAGGAAUGAACCUGCAGAAGGAUGCUUUUCUCCAUAAUCAGGCUACUGUAAUUGAUGAAGCGGAGACACAGAUUCAGUCUCUCAAAACGGAGCUGGAAGUGUCAGAGGAGAGCCUUGGUAAACUGAAACUGCAGCUUCUUGAGGAGCAGAAACGUGCUUGUGCUAUGGAACAGAAGCUUCAAGAAAUUGAAGAAAAUGACAUUUUAAAGACGAGAGAGAAACUUACUGAGCUGAAAUCUGGUGUUUCAACACUCAGGUCAUGCAUGAAUGAGUAUGUGGAGCAGGUUGGAAGUUCUGAAAAUGAUAAUACCUCUGUAAAUCUUGCUUGUUUGCCAGCUAAUGGCAAAUGUGGAGCAAGGACAGGUGCUGAAAUGAAUCAAGGCUCCAACAAGAUAGACUCACAAACUGUUGAGGACUUGAAAACUGAGAUUUCAGAGUGUACUUUUGAAGUACGCAAGAAUGUGAGUGAAUAUUCAUUGGAUCAUAAAAACUUUGCAAUUUCAGGAACUAACAAGGACAAGAAUGAUAGAGAUGCUACCAUUAUUCUUCUAAGAAAAGAAAUAGAAUCUGCUGUAGAAUGUUUAAAAGGGGUGCAAUCUGAGAUGGCAAAACUACGCAAUGAGAAAGAAGAGGUCUGGAUGUCUGCAAAACAAAGCCAGGGGAGCAUUGAGUAUCUUAUGACUCAAAUACUCACCUUACAAACAGAUAUGAGUAGCUUCGAAAAACAACUUGUACCCAAGAUGGUGGCUAUAGAUCAUAAGCUCCAGAAAGUAGGAGAAACUGUGCAAGAAGCUGGCACUUGCUGGUGCCAGAAAGAAGAGUUGUUUGAGCUCGAACUUGGUGAUGCAAAGGUAGUUGCAGCCCAGAAAACUGCAGAGGCUUCUUGUAUUCUUUCUCAAUUUGAAGAGGCCCAAGAUACCAUGAAAGAAGCAGAUAUCAUGAUAAAUGAGUUGGUGAUAAGUAAUGAAACCCUGAAGCUUGAGAUUGAAGGGCUGAAGAAAAUGGAGGACUCCAUAAUCAACGAGAAAAAUAUACUAAUCAAUGAGGUUCAAAGUUUGCAAUCCGCCAAGGAUCUGCAGGAUUCGCAUUACAAAAACCUUGAAGAUCAGUUUGCUUCAGAUAUGAUGGAAAUGAGGAGGCUGGUUCUAGAACUGGAGAGUAUAGUCGGACAGGUCCAGACAACUUUCAAGGAAGACUCUUUGUCUAUAGCCUCUGAUUUCAUCUGCAUGAAGUCUCAACUUCAAGACUCAACAAUGUUAAUGCGUUCAUGGCUUGAGGACAUUUGGUCUGAGAUAAUUGUAAAGGAUUGUGCUGUGUCUGUGCUACACCUUUGUCACAUGGGAAUCCUGUUGGAAACAGUUACAGGGUUGAAUGCAGAAAAUGGUUUGCUUCAUCACGGGCUCUGUGAAUCAGCCUCUGUUAUAUCUGAGUUGAGAGAGCACAAUUUCAAAUCGAGAAAUGAGCUUGAAAUGUGUAGAAUCCUCAAGGGGAAAUUACUGGCAGAUAUUAAGAAUAGUUUCGAUCGCAUUGCAAGGAAAGAAGAUGAAACUGGGGAGCUUAGUAUCAAGCUAACCACUUUUGAGAAGAAAAUAUUGAAUUUACAGCUUCAAGAGGAGCUAAUGUUGCAAAGGGCUAACAAUAUGGGAUCUGAGCUUUCUGUUCUGACUAAGGAGUUGGACAUGAGUAACAGAAAUGUUUUGGGACCCAUUUUAAAUCAAGAAAAAUUGCUGAAGGAUAAAGAGGAAGUCUUGAAAUCUCAGGAGGAGAAUUUCAUGAUUGACCUGUCUGCAAAGGAUUUUGAAUUGCUUAUCUUGGCGUCAGAGUUAAACCAAGUGGAAGUCCAAAAAGCUAGUAUGGAAGAGGAGCAAACCAGUUGUUGUAUGGUCCUUGAGAACUUUAAGAAAGAGAUUAUUUUUCUCACCAUGGACGCAGAGAUAGAAAGAUGGAUCAUGAUGGAUGAGGAAGUUGAGGUUGUUAUUCUACAAAAAGAAGUUCAAGAAGCACAAAGGGAGAGGCAGGAGUUGUUGUCAAAGCUCAAUGAAAGCAAUUCAAGAAUUACACAUAUGGAUAAAGUUAACAAGACUCUUGAACAAGAUAUUCAGUUGUUGAAGGAUGUUUCAUGUUCAAAUGAUCACUUGCAAAGUGAACUUGGUGAAGUGAUAGAGGAAAAGAUGAGACUGUCAUCCCAGGUUAAAAAACUUGAAGCUGACUGUGAAAAGUUAAUAGAAGAGAUUAAGACAAAGGAAAGGGCUCUAGAAAUUUCUUCUAGCCAUAUCUCUGACCUUGAUCUCCAAAAGCAAAUGUUGCAUAAUGACAAAUGCUUGCUGGAAGCAUCGUCAUGCAAACUUCAAGCUGAGUUGGAGAUGAAAGAUGCGGAGCUAAGCAAAAUGAACUACCUUGAGGAGGAGAAUGAGUCAAUAAAAAGCGAGGUAAAGAAAUUGAAGGAAGACUAUUUUAGAGUUUUUCAAGAUUUGGAGGAGAAAAAAUCUGAAUGCGAAUCAUCUUUAAGUCAUAUAGAUGUAUUUGAUAUGGAAAACCGGAGGUUGCAAGAGAAAAUUUCUUCCUUAGAGACUUGCACUGGCAGUUUGCAGGCUCAUCUGGACAUGGUAAAUGCAGAGUUGACUGAACUCCGACUUUCUCAAUCUGUCAUUACAGAGGAGUUAUGCUUAAAAGGCCAGAAUUUGCAAAUCCAUGUUGACAGAGUUAAUACUUUGAAGCAAGAGAAUGUUUUAUUGAGAAAUGAACUCCAAUCUCAUGAGAAGAGUAAGUAUGAAUUCUUCAAUUCGUUGAGCUUCAACGCAGUGAAGGGUAUUGAUUCAGUGGAAGCAGUUGAAAUGGUGGGUACCAGAAUAAUUAAUGUGCUCAAUGAAAAGAGUGUGCCAUUAGAAAAGAUGGUUGAAGAGAUUUGCAAAAGCAUAGACGGUACAUCUAAAUUCAUAGAAGAGUUCGAGUCUUUGGAGAAUUUCACAAAAGAGCUAAUCGCUGAAAAUAUAUCUCUUCAGACUGAGUUGUCAAGGAAGGAUGAUGUUCUAAAAGGAUUGUUAUUUGAUCUCAGCUUGUUGCAGGAGUCUGCAUCUAACAAUAUGGAUCAGAAAGAUGAAAUAGAAGAAUUGGUAGCGUCUUUAGAGGCACUAGAAGACGAGCUUGCAGUAAGAUCACAUGAGCUUGAUGAGGCUGGAGCUAAAAGGGUAACACUUGAAGCUCAGUUGAAGGAAAAGAUUGAGAUAAUCUCCACUCUUGAGUCGGAUAUCUUGAAAGAACGCAAGUCUAUUAAAUCACUUUCCAGCAAAAAUCUUGAGCUGACGGCCAACAUUGAAGAUGCAUUAGAAGCAAAAAGGUCAACUGAGGAGAAGCUAAUGGAGAGAAAAAAGGUGAAUGAGAGCUUAGAAUUGGAACUCACAGAAUUGGGUACUGUUCUUGACCAAAUGAACAGCUCGAUAGAAUCCUUGAGGUGCAACUUGGAUACAAUUACUAGUGAAAGGGAUGAUCUCCAAACUGAAGCAAAUAUUUUGAAGAAAAAGUUAGAGAUGGCACAAGCCCUGGCUGAAGAAAAUGAAGCAAUUGCUAUGGAAGCUCAACAGAUAGCUGAAACUAGGAAGCUCUAUGCUGAAGACAAGGAAGAGGAGGUGAGGCUUUUAGAGAGGUCUAUUGAGGAGCUAGAUUGUACUGUGAAUGUACUUGAAAACAAGGUUGACAUUGUCAAAGGAGAAGCUGAACGACAACGCUUGCAGAGAGAGGAUCUAGAAUUGGAGCUUCAUGCUAUAAAACAGCAGAUGCAAAAUGUUAAAAGUAGUGAUGCUGACAUAAAAAGACUUCUGGAUGAGAAGGAGAAAAAACUUCAAGAAGCCCUUCAGCAUAUGCAAACUCUUGAGAGAGAGAUAGCUGCCAGAGAUACUGAGAUUGCACAAUGCAAAGUUCACAUCUCUGAGCUAAAUUUACAUGCUGAAGCACAGGCUUGUGAGUACAAACAAAAGUUCAAGGCACUGGAAACCAUGGCUGAACAAGUAAAACCUGAGGGGCCUUCCACCCAUCUCACAAAUACAUCAUCAAACAAAUUAGAGAAAAAUGGCUCAAAACCCAGGGGUUCUGGUUCCCCUUUCAAAUGCAUUGGGUUGGGCUUAGUGCAACAAGUAAAAUCGGAGAGGGAUGAGGAGCUCACUGCUGGAAGACUUCGUAUUGAAGAACUUGAAGCCUUAGCUGCAAGUCGACAAAAAGAAAUAUUCAUGCUUAAGGCAAGAUUAGCUUCUGCAGAAAGCAUGACCCAUGAUGUAAUUCGGGAUUUGUUGGGAUUAAAGUUGGAUAUGACCAGUUAUGCGUCGUUGGUGGAUAAUCAGCAAGUGCAAAAGAUAACAGAGAAGGUUCAGCACUGUGCUGUUGAAACUGAUGUUAAGGAGAAAGAGGUAAUUAACAUGCUAAAGCAGCAGCUUAAUGAGUUUAUUGAGGAGAGGAAAGGAUGGUUAGAGGAAAUAGACAGAAAACAGGCCGAGAUGGUGGCAGCACAGAUUGCGUUGGAAAAGCUUCGUCAGCGAGAUCGAUUACUUACAACUGAAAAUGAAAUGUUCAAGAUGGAGAACAUAAAUCACAAGAAGAAGAUCAUGGAACUCGAAGCUGAAUUAAAGAAGCUCUCCGGCCAGCAAAACCUCCAGCAGCGGAUUCAUCAUCAUGCUAAAAUAAAGGAAGAGAAUAAUUUGUUGAAAGUUCAGAAUGAUAACCUCAGCAUUAAGCUGCAGAGGACAGAGACCAUUCUUUCACGUGUCAAGGAAGAGCUUGCUCACUUCCGUACUGCGAAUGGGAGGAGCCCAUACAUUAAUUUUGAUGAAGAGCAAUGGCUGAAUAACAAACUGAAGGAAACUGAAGAGGAGAGGCUGCAAUUAGCACAAAAGUUAUUGGGAUUGUGUACUAGCAUUUUAAAGGCUGCUGGAAUCACAAGACCAGCAUCUGAUGUAAGCCUCCCUGCUGCUGAAGAGGCACUCGAGCAGCUCAGGAAUCGGAUCACUCUGCUGGAAAGAGAAUUGCAAAAUAUGAAAUUUAAGAAUAAAAUUACCAGUGAAAGAAUUCGGUUGUCUGAGAUCAUACCACAAUCGUCACCAGUGAGCUCUAAAGCAGGCGAGAACCGUCAAACACCAAAUAGAAUAUCUCAAACUCCAUUUCUUUCUGCUUUAGAUCGAUAAAGCUCAUUCAGUGAUUAAAUGUGUGAAUUGUUAGUUUUUUGCUAGCAGUUAUGCAAAUUCAAUCAAUUUCAGCUAGUUUUCUGUUUGGCUGGUUGAGAUGUAAAUUUAUUCUUUUGUUGUAUGUAUAUAAAUUGACAAGUAUAUUCAAUUGAAUCAGUAAUAGCCUCUGUAUUUUUUCUCUGUC